GCGAUGAUAAAGAAGUUGAAAGUGUUGGUAACUUAUCUCAAUCAUCAUUAACUCCUCCAAGACAACUUUCACCAGUCUUAAGAACAAGAAUUGUAUCUCAACUUUUAUCAUCACCUCCAAGACAACAGUCACCAACUCGAAUUGGGCCUCAAAAAAAAACUGAUGCUCAAAAUAACUCUGUCUCCUCAAAUCAACUUUCGAUUAAUCCAAUACUUAUAUCUUCAAGAAUGUCAUUAACUUCAAAAUCGAAUUUACUUAGUCAAUUCAAUCCCAAUAGAAUUACAGCUCUAUCACUAUUUAAUGAAAUGUCAAUUUAUCAACUUGCAAACAAUAUGAACUUAUCAAUGCAAACUUCAGCUACAGAUGGCACACAAUUUAUGUCUUCUAACUCUAUGAUAUUAUCCCAAUACAACAAACAAAUACUGUG